AUGUUUGCCUACUCUUCCGUAGUUUUCUUUUCUUUUCCUUUCCUUCAAAGUUUUAUUUUCGCUCCUUCCGGUAAUCUUACAUCGAAUGUUUAUCGGCCCUUUUUCUUUGAAUUUCUAUUAUUAACAUUCUUCCUUCAUUUCUUUCUUUCUUUUCUUCCUUCAUUUCUUUCUUUCUUUUCUUCUUUCAUUUCUUUCUUUCUUUUCUUCUUUCAUUUCUUUCUUUCUUUUCUUCUUUCAUUUCUUUCUUUCUUUUCUUCCUUCAUUUCUUUCUUUCUUUUCUUCUUUCAUUUCUUUCUUUCUUUUCUUCCUUCAUUUCUUUCUUUCUUUUCUUCUUUCAUUUCUUUCUUUCUUUUUUCUUUCAUUUUCUUUCUCUUCUUUUAUUCCUUCAUUUCUUUCUUUCUUUUUUUUCUUUCAUUUCUUUCUUUCUUUUCUUCUUUCAUUUCUUUCUUUCUUUUUUCUUUCAUUUCUUUCCUUCUUUUCUUCCUUCAUUUCUUUCUUUCUUUUUUCCUUCAUUUCUUUCUUUCUUUUCUUCUUUCAUUUCUUUCUUUCUUUUUUCUUUCAUUUCUUUCUUUUCUUCCUUCAUUUCUUUCUUUCUUUUCUUCCUUCAUUUCUUUCUUUCUUUUCUUCUUUCAUUUCUUUCUUUCUUUUCUUCCUUCAUUUCUUUCUUUCUUUUCUUCCUUCAUUUCUUAG